UUUGUCGGGAACAGAACAAGAUGCCCGGAGGACGAUGGCGGGCGCAUUUACUCUAGGCUCACGGCUACGGUCAGGUGUAAUAGCCUGCCUCAUUGCCCUAUUUCAUCUCUUUUACCUCGAGGUCGUGGUUGAGCCUUUUCUUCCUCAACUGAUGAUGUAUCCCUCUUUUAAUCCCGACGUCUUGGGAGUCCGCGGGUAGAGGGUGUUGGCGCUGAGGGGCCAGAUGAUGAGAGAUAUUAGAUACUUUGGUUUGCGUUUGUGGGACAAGUCCUGGCUCUUGCUUUUCUGCCUCCCCCCUUACGUACGGAAUGAGUGCUACCGAUUGCCUAAGUACCUGUGAUUGCAGGAUCUUGACUAUGGUAUGCCUGUGUUUUUUUGUUUUUUUUAUGUUGAUGUUUGUCGGGCCGGUU